AACGCCGCAUCGGCAACCUCAUUCAACUCGACCCCCAACGCCGAACCCCCCACCCCCCGGCAGGUGGUACCGGACAAAGGAACAUCACCACAUGUCGGCCGGCGGUCCUGGUGGCCCCGGUGGGCACACCUUCCCCCCGCAGCAGGAGAUGUCCGCAGGGGAUGUCAUCCUUCAGCAGUUGCUCAGUCUGCAGGCCCAGGCAGAACACCAACAGCAACAGAUGCAUCAGCAGCAACCUCAACCUCAGCAACAACAACAGCAGCAGCCGUUCUAUCCACAGCAGCACGAGCACUUUCACCAAUUCCAACAACAACAAUUCCAGGUGCCGCCUGCGCCCCUCAAGCGCUCGUGGUCGGAUGUCGACGUGCAACAGCAACAACAACCGUCCUUCUGGCCACCACCACCGCCGCCGGACCAGCACUUCCUCCCACCGCAGUUCCGCUCGCCGCAGAUGUCGUCACCGCAGCUCACUUCGCCGCAGCUCCAGUUCAUGAACAACAACAAGAAGCCGCGAUAUGACCAACCGCCGCCGCCGCCGGGCAUGGCCAUGGGCUUCCCCCCGAUGAUGUCCUCGCCACAACCACAACCCCUCCCCACACCGCCGCAGAGACAGUACGCGUAUCCUUACCCCGUGCCGCAGGCAUUCCCACCACAGCAGCCGCAGCAGAAUGCCUUCCCCACCCCCGCCUUACCCCUCCCGCAACAGUUCCUCCCGCCACCGCCGCCAGCUGCGUCGCCUUCCCCCGUCCUUCAGCACCAACACCCCGUCGCCUUCCCUCCGCCACAGGCGCCAGCGCCUACACCCGCGCCACGGCCAGUCAAGCCGAAGGCGCCGAAGCCUGUGGCUCCGGCACCAUCACGGCCUAUGGCGGCUCCACCAUCACGGCCAAAAGCGGCACCAACAUCAUCAAAGUCGGCGGCCCCACCCCCAGCCCUAGCACCACAGCGCCCGGCACCUGUGCCCGCCCCGGCGGCAUCACCCUUCCCCAUACUCGCUAAAGCGACAUCGUCGGCGCCAGCAGUGCUCACCCGCCCCGGGCCGGCGCGCGAGGAGAUCCCCACAGUUCCGCUGCUGUACCACCUCGCCGUGUCAGCCCACCAGGCAGCGCAUCAUCACUUGAGGCAGGCGUUCGUGCCCUCGUCGAUCCGCGUCCCAGGCGGCGAGGACCCUACGUGUCCGCCGAUCAGGAUGACCCGUGGGGGUCGCCCCAAGGCCGGCGUGCCAUUCUCCCAUGACGCCAACGCCGCGACGACGAGCUUGCGGCUGCUCGUCCUCUCUGCCGACCUCUUACGCUCCGGCCUCUCGACGGCGGGGCUGAGUGACAAGGAAAAGGUCGCCUUCGGCCUCGAGUUUGUUACUGUCGGCAUCAAGAUCCUCGCGGCAGUCGAGGAGAUUGGGCGCUUGGAUAGUGCUCAACGGGCGAAGAUCAAGAUCAAUGUCGACACGGAGAACCUUGCCACCGAUGUUGAGGACACAAUCACAAAGUCCCAUGCAUUAUCCCUUCGCAGCCCGGCACUCAAGACGUAUCGCCAUGGACUGGAGUUGUCAAACGCAAGGCUGGCGUUUAUGAGGGACAAGGUUCACCACGGCAAGCGGGUGAUCAAGCAGGCGUUGGCGAUGACGACUAAAGACGAGUUCCAGCAUCGAUACAGCCUUCGCCUGAUGCUAAUGCAACAUCUGGAGGAGACGUCUCACCCAGACUUCUUUACUGUCGCCGACGAGAUCGAGUCCGAAGCUCGCUCCCGCCAACACUUUGAGCUCAUGCAGCUCAUCCACGUAGCACGCAUAAAGGCCUACUUCUCCCAACGCAAAUGGGACAAGCUGCAACCAGCGCUCGAUGAGGGGGCAAAGGUCAUGAGAUUGACGCAGCCGCCGCCGGAGCCUGCUGCGGGCGGUAGCAACACCGUGGCCACCGGCAUCAGACCGAAGAGCCCCCAGAGCCUUGCUUGGAAGGCUUCAUUGACGGCGCACUUCUUGCUCCUCAGAGCCCUGUACCAGGGCCGUAUCGGCGAGGACAACAAAGUCAAGCUGGUCCUCAAGAGCCUGUACAACUUGAUCGACGACUCAACAGACCAGGGCUACCUCGAUGCCAUGCGGGAAAGCGGUGGCAUUGUCGAGUUUGUGCUCCAAUCUCCAUCCGGGCCGCCCCAGAGCCUCUACGUACAGUCGACGCCCAUCAACGUGCUCUACACACUCACCUACAUCACGACGAUUGUCAGUCGGAGGGAGUUCUUGGGCAGCUCGGCGACCUGCCGCACUCUUGUGCACUCGAGGGCGAUGCGCGAGUGGGAAGAUGUCGCUCGUGCUGAGGAUUUCUGGGACUCUGGAUUCUCGCAGGUUCAUGGCCUCGCCGAGGCCCUUCGGUUGCGAAAGGUUAUGGCGACGCUCAAAGCAGAGGGCAUGAUGGAGGAGGCACUGGCCCACAUCAUUCGCUCGUCGUUUGCCGAGGCGGACAAGGUAGGUGCCCUGCACCGCCGAGCAUCUACUUACAACCAGGUCCUCACGGAUACAGUUCGCCACUUGCGCAGGUGCCACCUGUUCAAUAGCCACUUGCCGCAGCUGUCCCUUCUCUACGCCCAGUUUACGCACAUCCUAGGCUUGUCUGACAAUGCUGUUCGGUACUACCGCGCAGCCCAGUCGAUGAUCACUCCCGGGUCUGAGCUCCGCCUGGUCGUCGACGUCGGCCUCUUAUCAGCAAGUGGUGGGCUCGAGGGCUUGCGUGACAGUCACGAGCGAUCCCAAUACGUCAACAUGCUGGCGGAUGCCUGUCGAUCGGGCAACAACGCAAUGCUGAGCGCAGUGGGAAGCUUCCUCUCAAGCCUGACGGAGACGGAGCGUGUGAUUUCAAAACGCUUCCUCUCCAACGCGUACGAGUUGGCCCGCAAGGGCAACUUGAACGUGCUCCACUGUCUGAUCUUCGCGUUCACCACCGGAGCGCAUGUGUACGGCGACUCGGAACGCCAGCUCAAGCAGCUCGAGUCGGGGCGUAGCAUCACACAGAUGCUCGGCGGCCUGGACCGCCCGGACGGUGUAGGACAGACCAUCCUUGGACUGUGGUACGCGGUCAAGCUGAGGGAUGCGUACCGCCUUGCAGGCCGUCUCGAAGACGAGAAGGCGUCCCAGGUCAGCGUCGACAAACACUUUGCGCGCAUUGCCGAGGUCCGAGAGUUUGCCAGACGACGCUUCCCUCCGAUGCCUCCUCGACAACAAAUCCAGAAUCUGUGAACACCCAUCCCGCACCCUUAUCAACAAGUAGCUUGCACGUCCCAUUUGUGACCCUCUCCAUCUCCCCUCAAUCCCAUUGGCAGGGCCCCAGCCUGUCACAGUUGUGUGUAUACCCGGCAUUGACUACUACCUCUUAGCAUCAUUGGAUUACAUGUUGUGUGGGUAUGAAUGGGCGGUAUGAAUGCGGGGGCGCGGCGGGCGUGUAGAGCUGCGGCGGAGUCGGCGUGGGGCCGUCCGCAUGCAAUGGGGGCGGGGGCGAGUGGUGAAGCUAUGCUGGCCGAUGAGAGGGAGAGCAUGCAGAGCGACGAGUGACCGGAAGAAAGAGUCAGAGCGGAUAGAGAGAGGCUUGGCGAGUUUGCUCCACUGAACUAGCUGGCGCGGCAGAUGACCUCGCCACCGAGGCCGGCGCGGUAGGCCUCCCAUCCCUCCAUGUAGACGUCGGCACCCGUGCGGCCGAUGGAAGAGUCGGAGGCGACCUUGAUGACGAAGAUCUCGGCGGUGCCCGCGCCGGCAAUGUUGCGCGCACGCUUGCCCAUGAGGAGACGGCCGAGCUCGUCCUUGUCGACCGUGGCGCGGAGGGAGCUCUUGCUCACAAGGUCGAGGUGGCGCAUGACGGGGAGGCCGUUACGCGUCUUGAGGCCGACCCAAAGGCGCUGCGCGGGCUUGGGGAGGGCCGCGAACUCUGCCGGGGCGGGGUGCGUGGGCGUGCCCUUUGCAAUGUUGGAGAUGAGGCCGUGGCGCAGGAGCGCGGAGGUCACACCGACCGCGGCGUUCGAGUAGGGCACCGACGUGCGCGCGAGCGCCGCGCGCGACGUGUUCUUCAGGUGCGAGAUGAGGCGGUGGGGCGGUGUUGUGAACGACAUGGUGUGGGUG